UCUUUCAUUCUUAUAACGUGCCUAUAUAAAUGCUAUGUCGUAGUUCCUGUCUUUUAGGCUACACAUAUAAACAUUUUAGCAAACUUCUUAGGAGUUUUUGUUUUAAUUUGGCUAUGGCUACAAAAGGUUUUGUAAUUUAUUUGUUAGCAGGUUUUUCUGUGGCAAUUUUAUCAGUUUUCUUUGUCCAGAAUAAUUUCAAAAAUGGAGAUUUUGAGCCAAGAUUUUAUCAAAGUUCUAAUCUUUUGCAUCAACCUAUUGGAUCUGAAGAUAAAGUUUGGCCGGAAUUGGAGUUUAGUUGGAGGAUUGUUGUGGCAACUGUGAUAGGAUUUUUGGGUUCAGCUUGUGGUACUGUGGGAGGUGUUGGUGGAGGAGGCAUUUUUGUGCCUAUGCUUACUUUGAUUCUUGGAUUUGAUACCAAGUCUGCUGCUGCUCUUUCCAAAUGUAUGAUAAUGGGAGCAUCAGCAUCAUCAGUCUGGUACAAUUUGAGGGUACCACAUCCAUGCAGAGAAGUACCAAUUCUUGAUUAUGAUUUGGCUCUAUUAUUUCAGCCCAUGCUCAUGUUAGGCAUCACCAUUGGUGUUUCUCUGAGUGUUGUUUUCCCUUACUGGCUCAUCACUGUCCUCAUCAUUAUCCUCUUCAUGGGGACGUCAUCAAGAUCAUUUUUUAAAGCAAUUUUGAUGUGGAAAGAAGAAACUAUGCUCAAGAAAUCGAUGAGAGAAGUUCCAGUUAAUUCGCGUGGUGAACUUGUUAUUGAUACAGUUUAUGAGCCAUUGGUGCCUAAGGAGGAGAAAACAGCAUUUGAAAUCUUUAAGUUCAACCUUAAUUUGAAGAGAAUCAUGGUGCUCUUUCUAGUAUGGUUCAUAUUUCUGCUUCUUCAAGUGUUCAAGAAUGAUCUAGUGGCUUGUUCUCCGUUGUACUGGGUGCUCAACUUAAUACAGUUUCCAGCAGCCCUGGCAGUGUUUGGAUAUGAAGUUGUCAAGUUGUACAAGGAAAGCAAGAAGAGGAGACUAGAAGGGAACCCAGAGUCAGUAUGUGAGGCUGACAUUCAAUGGACUGCCACAAAUCUUAUAUUCUGUGCCCUUUGUGGCAUAUUGGGAGGCAGUGUUGGAGGAUUGCUCGGAUCCGGUGGUGGAUUCAUUCUUGGACCUCUUCUUCUUGAGAUUGGAGUUAUCCCUCAGGUAGCUAGCGCGACAGCAACAUUUGUGAUGAUGUUCUCGUCAUCUUUAUCAGUAGUGGAAUUCUAUCUCCUCAAGAGAUUCCCAAUUCCUUACGCUUUAUACCUCAUGAGUGUAUCUAUUCUUGCUGGAUUUUGGGGACAAUGCUUCAUUAGAAAAGUUAUCGCGAUUUUAAAGCGAGCAUCCAUCAUUGUGUUCAUACUCUCUGGUGUUAUUUUCGCCAGCGCUCUCACAAUGGGGGUUAUCGGAGCAGAGAAGAGCAUCCAUAUGAUACACAACCACGAAUUCAUGGGGUUCUUGGAUUUCUGCAGCAGUCAAUAAUUGUGUAUUUCAACUAGCAAACUAUUGGUGAACAAGAACAUAUACAUGUAAAGAGCAGCAGCAGCACAAGAAUCAUUUCAAGUAGUCAUAUUUAUAGAACUAAGUACAGUAUGUCAUUGAAAAAAAGGUGUAAUUUGUCGAGUGUUAGCUAGCGCUAACACCGGCAACCACCACCAUUUUUCUUCCAUCUGCUUCUAGAGUAAAAUGUUAGUGUCAAGUCAAGUGUGGCUAUUGUGUUUGUGAGUUAGCUAGCGCUAACACCGGCCAGUUACCACCUAUAUUUUUCCAUUUAUUUACUGUAAAAUCUUGUGCUUGCUUGGGUGUCUAUUUGUUGUAACUGAGUGUUAGCUAGCGCUAACACCGGUGCAUUAUUUCGAUUUGCUUGAUUCUUGUGUUAUGUGAAUUGGUUCUCUGUCUGAGGGUUAGCUAGCGCUAACGCCAGCAGAGUCCCAACACCACCACCAUUUGUAUUUUACCAUGUUAUUGGAUCAUUUGAUGUGGAAUGAAGUUUAUGAUUCUUUCUA